AUUGCAACAUACCUCAUGACUCAGUCUACCAAAUCCAUGAAUCAAAUCGAUGUUGGGAUUUUGCAUUAAAUCACAUGGAUCAAGAAAACACACAGACAACUUAUCCAUAUGGUAGCAUCACAAAUAAAUGUUGCCACCCCCAGAGAAAACAAAAUGAGUGGGUCAGUACAAACAGGGCUAUGUUUUUUUUAAAUGAUCCAACCGUUAUCUAAAACUUUACGUAAUAUAUUUACAACUGAACGUUCAAAAUGGUGUUUAUGAUUCCCCUUUCAGUCAAGAUUGCCCUUACAGUGGGUGCUGUAGUUGGAGCAUCGGUUGCGGUUAUUCAUAAUAAAGAAGCCAUUUUAGAAACUGCCGAACAUUUAUUUGAGCAAGGUGCUGAAUUUUGUCGAAAUAAGUUGAAUGAAGCGAAACAGAUGAAUGAAAUGCAUUUUGCUGAUGCUUAUGAAGAUUUUCUGUUUUCCAGAGAUGAAGAAGAUGAAAAGCAUGAGACCAAGGGAAGAAGUACCGGUUCAAGAUUAACCAAUGAGAGCGAUUAUGAUGAAAUCUCCACUCCUGAAACUAGUGAUUUUUCUGAGUUUUCUGAAAUGUCUGAGUUUUCUGAAAUAGAAGACGAUGAUCGUCUUGAAAAUGAUAGUUUGGAUUAGGGUACUUGGCUUGGGUAUUUUUUUGGUUUAGUUACGGUUUACAGAUAGUAUAUAUCAUUAUUAUUCAUU